AUGCAGCUCUAUAGCAGCGUCUGCACCCACUACCCAGCCGGGGGCCCGGGUCCCACGGCCGCAACCGCCGCUCCGCCCGCCGCCGCCACCGCCGCCUCGUUCAAGGUCUCUCUGCAGCCCCCGGGACCCGCCAGCGGCGCCCCGGAGCCCGAAACCGGUGAGUGCCAGCCGGCCGCGGCCGCCGAGCCCCGCGAAGCCACCGCCGCUCCCGCCGCCAAGAUGCCCGCCUUCUCCUCCUGCUUCGAGAUGGUGUCCGGGGCCGCCGCCCCCGCCUCAGCCGCCGCCGCCGCCGGGCCGCCCGGCGGGUCCUGCAAGCCGCCGCUGCCGCCGCACUACACGUCCACGGCGCAGAUCACCGUGCGGGCCCUGGGCGCCGACCGGCUCCUGCUGCGCGGUCCCGAGCCCGGCGCCGCGGCGCCCGCCGCCCCGCGUGGCCGCUGCCUCCUGCUGGCCCCGGCACCAGGCGCUCCGGUCCCGCCGCGGCGGGGCUCCUCGGCCUGGCUUCUGGAGGAGCUGCUGAGGCCCGACGGCCCGGAGCCUGCCGGUCUGGACGCGACCCGCGAGGGGCCCGACAGAAACUUCCGACUGAGCGAGCACCGCCAGGCCCUGGCCGCCGCCAAGCACCGCGGCUCCGCGCCGCCCCCGGGGAGCCCGGAGCCCGGCCCCGGCCCGUGGGCCGAGGAGCGCCCGGCGGAGAGGAACCUCCGCGGCUGGGACAGAGCCGGGGACCGCGGCGACGGUUCAGGUGCCGAAGAGCUGGGGCGGCCCGACACGGAGGCCGAGGCGGCCCCGGCCCGGAGCGGCGAGGCGGUGAUCGUGUCCAGGUCGGAUCCUAGGGACGAGAAACUGGCCCUGUACCUGGCGGAGGUGGAGAGGCAGGACAAGUACCUGCGGCAGAGGAACAAGUACCGAUUUCACAUCAUUCCCGACGGCAACUGCCUCUACCGGGCGGUGAGCAAGGCGGUGUACGGGGACCAGAGCCUGCACCGGGAGCUACGGGAACAGACGGUGCACUACAUCGCCGACCACCUCGACCACUUUAGCCCCUUGAUUGAGGGCGACGUGGGGGAGUUUAUCAUCGCUGCUGCCCAGGACGGCGCGUGGGCCGGGUACCCUGAACUGCUGGCCAUGGGGCAGAUGCUGAAUGUGAAUAUUCAUCUGACUACUGGAGGGAGGCUGGAGAGCCCCACGGUGUCUACCAUGAUUCACUAUUUGGGCCCGGAGGAUUCCCUAAGGCCUAGCAUUUGGCUCAGUUGGCUCAGUAACGGACAUUAUGACGCGGUGUUUGAUCACUCGUAUCCGAACCCGGAGUAUGACACUUGGUGCAGGCAGACUCAAGUGCAGAGAAAACGCGAUGAAGAACUCGCCAAGUCCAUGGCCAUAUCCCUGUCCAAAAUGUAUAUUGAGCAAAAUGCAUGCUCUUGAAGUGUCUGAGACCCUCGCCCUGGGAAAAUUGCAUACCUAAUUUGUGUUUGGAGAGUUAUAUGAACUUUAAUCAGGGUAAUUGCACUUUUAAACUUUCUAGUAGAUUUACUGUAGGUGUAAUGCCUUAAUCAUUUUUUUGAAUGUUUUCUCCUCAAAGCUGAAGGUUGCUGGGCACCUCAAUGAUGUUUAAUGGUAGCUUUGGGUGAUCCUACUGCUAUUUAUGAUUUGCUGUAUAAAGUUGGCACUACUUAAUUUGCAAGCUGAUUUCUCAGUGUAAAUUUGUUCAUUCCUGGUAAUCUAUUUUCUAUAGAAACGUAUUUUUGCACAACAUUUUUAACUAUUGGUGUACCUUCAUCUAGGAUGUGUUUCAUUUUGACAAACAGCUUUCCGGCAUAAAUCCAGAGAAGUGCUUUAUAUGAAGUUUAUUAUUUUGAGCAGAGUUUGUGAUUUAGUGUUUUAUGUUGUAGGAUUUGAAUUUUAGGUAAUUAUUUCAAAUGGCUAUUGAUGCUUUCAUGUUACCAGAUAAUUGACCCAUUCCGUUUUGAUGACAGAUUAGUUGUUUGGAAAAUCAUUAUUUUUCUAGAAAUGGUCAACCUUUUAAAGACAAAAUACUUAAGGGGAGGUUGUGGGAAGAUUUUUUUUCUUAAGAAUAGUACCAGCUCUUACUUGAAUGAAAGUCUGAUAUUUGCUGAUGGCAGAGUGAUUAUUCUGUACUCUGGUUGAUGUUUAGAUUGUCUGGUGCUUUCAGUUGUUUUUAUUUAUAUUUGUCUCUUUGUUGAAAAGAAUUUUUUAACAUGAUAGAAAUCUUUAUGACAAGAUAAGCCUCCUGCUUCAUAUAUAGUUUCUUGGAUUCAACUGAGAGAUUUGAAAAUUAAUGGCAUAAAUGCCUCCAAGCAACCCUGACAAUUAUUUUAUAGCAGGAGAAUACUGUCUUAAUAGUCUACUCCUUUUAAAUUCUUUCAUAAGGCAAAAUAGGAUUGCCCUGUAUUAUGUACAGUACUAAUGUCUGUAUACAGAGCUUGUAUGGUUUGCUGGGUCAAACAAUGUUUUCAACUUGAAAUCUAUCUCAUUUCCACUUUAACUACUUUUAGUGGUAUUUAUUAAGUAAUGCAGUUUGUACUUUUUUAUUUUGUAACAUUUUGUGAUUUUUUUUGUACAAUACUGUAUUUGUACAAUAGAGCAAUUCUCAGCUGAUGGAAUGAGUGAAUAAAAUGCGUAAUUUUACUUUUA